AAAAAAAAAAAAAAAAAGAGAAAGACCAACCAGAGAGAAGAAGGGAAUCAACAGAGAGCAGAAAAAGCGAAGAAGAAGAAUCUGCUGAAGUGUGCGGGAGACGGUGGUGGCAAGGAAGGGAAACAUCGGCGACGGGCGGCUGCAUUGGUGGCGUUGAAAUUAGAUGAUUAUGGACAGAGAGAAGGAGAGAGAGAUGGAGCUGGAGAGCGCAAUGUACACCAACUGUUUGCUGUUAGGUCUGGAUCCGAACGUAAUCGGCCUCGGCACUUCCUCCAAUGGCAGUCCUCGGGUCGGCCUGUUCCGCCACUCCAACCCUAAAUUGGGCGAGCAGCUGCUUUACUUCAUACUGUCUUCCCUCCGUGGUCCUGUUCAAUCCGCCAAAGAUUUCGAUAAGGUGUGGCCAAUUUUCGAUUCGGCACAGUCUCGAGAUUUUCGCAAGGUCGUGCAAGCGAUCAUCAGUGAGCUUGAAUCGCAAGGAGCACUGCCGAGGAGUAAUUCAAGGGUUUCUUCUCUUGCUACUUGCUGCGGACCAAGAUUUGUUGAACUUCUAUGGCAACUUUCUUUGCAUGCCUUACGGGAGGUUCAUAGGCGGACAUUUGCAGCUGAUGUGGCCUCAAACCCUUUACCUGCUUCUCUAACGGAUGUUGCCUUUCAGCAUGCAGCCACUCUGCUUCCUGUAACAAAGGCUAGAGUGGCGCUUGAAAGAAGAAGGUUUCUUAAAAAUGCGGAGAUAGCUGUACAAAAGCAGGCUAUGUGGUCUAAUUUGGCUCAUGAAAUGACAGCAGAGUUCCGUGGUCUUUGUGCUGAAGAGGCUUAUCUGCAGCAAGAGCUGGAGAAGUUACACGACAUGAGGAAUAAAGUGAAAUCCGAGGGAGAACUAUGGGACGAUCUUGUAUCUAGUUCUAGUCAGAACUCCCACUUAGUCUCGAAGGCUACUCGAUUGUGGGAAUCUAUAUUAGCUCGUAAAAGUCAACAUGAAGUUCUGGCUUCAGGACCAAUCGAGGACUUAAUAGCUCACCGAGAGCAUAGGUACCGUAUCUCAGGGUCAGCUUUGCUCUCUGCAAUGGAUCAGAGCUCUCAAGUUCCUAAUACAGAUUCACAUUUGGAGGAUAAAGAUCAGAAUGAUGGUUCUUAUGACGAGACACAUUCUAGAGUUGAUGAUAGAGGCGGGAGAGUCCAUCAAACUGUUGAUGUUGCAGAAAUCAUCCGUCGGUGGACUCAUGCAUUACAACGAAUCCAUAAGCAAUCACUUCACAUGGCCAAAGCUAAUGAUGGAGAAGGCCCAGAUAUAUUGAGAAGUGGUAAAGAUGGGAGCGUGAGUGGCCAUGCCGAGUCUUUAGCUGCAACUCUAGCUGAACAUCAGCAACACCUUGCUAGUUUCCAGGUGCUAAUCAACCAACUUAAAGAAGUUGCUCCAGCAAUACAAAAGUCAAUAGUGGACUGUACAGAGGUUGUGAAUAAUGUAUCCUCCACCUUGCCUCCGAUGACCAAGCACCGUGUACGAGCAACUUCACCUAUACAGGCUCAAAGCAGCGGAAGGACAUUGGAAGGUACCUCAGAUGAUGCUGCUGAGUUGAUUUCCAGAAUGUCUUCUCUUCAGCUUGACAGGUCAGUGUCUGCUGGUCCUCCGGCAUUGAAGCUACCCCACCUAUUCAAUUUGACUCCCAACUCCUCUGGAAAAGUUGGAAAUGUACAAAAGAGGCAAUCUGCUAGUAUCCCGGUGAACCAGAUGGAAACUCUUUCUGAAGGGAGCUCCUUGGAUCAGCCAUUGUCAAAUAAUCGUGUAGAUAACCAACCCCAAGAUAAUGAUCAUUAUUACAUUCAAAACUUGAAGAGGUCUGUAAGAGAAGCAGCUCUUGCUACAAAUUCAAGCAGUUCAGAAUCAUCCUCUCGAGGCAGUCAUUCUGAUAGUUCAGAGCACUUCUUCUUACCUCUUUCAUCAGCAAGUGGAUUUUCUCUUCCAGGACCUGACAAAAGAGUUGCUCAAACAAGGGGCAAAAAGUUGUUUACUCAAAUGGAGCCACCCUCACGGAGCAGUCAUGCUUCUUAUGGUGAUUCCAGGGGCAAAGCCAAUGGUUUAUCCGAUUUUGACUCUCUGUCUGAUUAUGACCAUCUAAGUAGCUUUUUGUCGGCCACUGGUUCAAAUGGUGCUUUGUCUGAUGGACAAAGGUCAUCAUUUUAUGACAUGGAUGACUCUCUUGGCCAAGUUUUCUCGCCGCCUCUUUUAACAGACGACUCACUGUUAUCUGAUUCUUAUGAAGAUUUACUCGCUCCUCUAUCAGAAACUGAAACAGCCUUGAUGGAGCAUUGACACAGAGUUUCAGCACUGUUUCUAGUGCUUCAGUUCGUUGGCCAGAUCGGUUGUGGCCAGUGACAUGGUUUUUCUUUUCGAUUUCUUGGUUUGGGGUUCUCCAAGCCAACUGAUCUUCACACUAGAGUGUCCUCCUCAUUUUGCGAAAGCUGAUUGUGAUUCAUCUAUCCUGCCACAAAUAUUGAAGACUCAAGAGUGAAAAAGACCCUCGUGGUCAUGCCUGAUGAAUAGAUAGACUGGUGCAGUCUUAUUAAAGCCCAGUCCUUGCCAAGAACAUGCAUAAUCUGAAUCAAGCACUCGAGCCUUGAUUAUCCAAACUCUGCGCCCAGCGGCUCCAGGCAAAUCAGCGCCGCAGUCAAUAUCCUCAAUGACGAGGAUGGACCUGUUGCCGGUGGCGAGCAGGACCCGGCGGAGGUCACAGUCAUCCUGCACAGACGCCAGCUGCAAGUCGUAGACGUCAAACUUCAAGUAAUUGGCCAUGGCGCCGAUCAAGCUCGAUUUCCCGGUCCCCGGCGGGCCGUAGAGCAGAUAACCCCUCUUCCAGGCCCGGCCCACCCGUCUGUAGAAAUCCUUCCUGCUCCGGAACCUGUCGAGGUCCUGGACUAUGGCCUCCUUGAGUGACGGCUCCAUCGCCAGAGUGUCGAACGUCGCCGGAUGGUCCAAAUUGACCGAGUUCCAUGGCCCAAUGUGGUGGUAGUUCUUAUUGUCCAGCGUGUGAAUCUUGAGAACCCUCUCCUCGUGCCUCGUCGCCUUCAGCUCAUCCAGGACGAAAGGUAUGUAGGAGCCCAGAACCAGCUCUUUGUGUUCCUUGGGGAAACUCAACUGGAAGCAGCGUUUUUCCGGCGACGCGAUUGACCCGGCCGGGUUGCUCGGGUCGCCUCGCCCGCCGCCCAACGACGGAGAUCCGGGGGAGCGGAAGAAGCGCCAGGUGAGCUCGAGGCCCCGGAACUUGUCGACGAUCCGCUCGUUGUUUUCAAACGAGAAGAAGAGGUUCUUGUCGGCGGCGGUCUUGGUGACGUGGAGGCAGUCGGUGUCGUGGUUGAUCUUGGUGGCGAGGUAGGCCUCGGCUGCGUCGAAGAUUUCGUUGCGGGCGUAGCCGGUGGUGGCGUCGAAGAUCAAGGUGAGGCCCGGGGGUAAUCGGCGGCCGAAGAGACUCUGGGCCAGAGCGUGGAGAUACUGCUGGGCUGGCGCCGGGAGGAAAUCGCGGACCGCCGUUCGAGCCAUCAUCGCCGUCGUGGUCAGGGAGGCGUACCAUGAGAAGAUUUCUGACGGAGCAGGGAUCCUCAAGGAGGUGAUCAAGGUGAGGAUCCAGGAGAAGAUUUCUGAUAAAGAUGGAAUCCUAGACAUCAUGAUGCUUUUACUCGCCUCUCUGUUCUGGAUUUUCGUUUUCUUUUCUUAUAUUGCUUAGAGUUUGAACUCGUUUAGGCUGCUGCUGAUUAGGGUAGUUGGAAGG